AUGUCGUCUUCAGCGCCUGCCUCUCCCUGUGGCAACCACAACGGGCAGCAGCAGGGUAGGGUUGUACACGGCGGCCUCUCGGAAUCGGACACCGAUGAUGACAACUCGCUUGGUUCGGUGCCGCGAUCGAGCAACGCCGGCUCGCCUCCCGGCGGAGGCACGACGCCGAAGCUCCGGAGAAAGCUGAGCAAAAGGAGCCUGUUCCGACGAAGGAAGUCCAAGGUGGACCCUCUAGGCUCCUCCGGUUCGAAAGGAAAUGCGGCGGCGGCGGCGGCAGACGGCAGCAGUCCCGCCGACGGCAACAGGCCGGCGGCCUCCCUGCACGUCCCGGCGAGGAGAGGCCUAUUCCGCAGGCGUCGCAGCAACGGCCACCACCACAACGGAGACGGAGCAGGAGGGCAACCCCGCCCCCUCUUGAGGACGUCCUCCGGCGGCGGCGGCGGCGUAGGCCUCUCCCUCUCCGACACGGAAUCUCGACCCCGCGCUACGAUAGCGGUCUGCGGCGGCGGAGGCAUCAGCAGCACCAGCGCACACAGCGGCGUGCGCGCCCGCGGUAGUCCGGAAGGCGGUGGGCUGUUGAGCAAGAGCGACCUCUCGAGGACCGGGGCGGGUGGGGGGUGGGGGGGGGCACUCGCUAGCGGAGGUGGCGGCAGGGAGUCGCCGCCUUCGUCGGUGUACCCGGCUCCGCAACCGCUGCACCGUAUCAGGUCCAGCGGGGACGAUGGGAUGGGGCUGUCGCAGGACCCUAACUUUUUCCCGCCGAUUCCUCUCUCUGAGGACGGGUGCUCGGAGAAGCCUAGCUCGAGAGGGGAGGUUCGGUUCGGCGACUUCAUCCGCUUGUGGUGCUACAGCAACUACGCCGACAAGGCGGGCUAUGUGGGGUACCUCCGAAGGACGUCUAGAAAGCGAAACUCGGUCGGGAAGGGCGAACUCUUUGUUCUCCCUCCGGUGCCGGCGAGCCCUUACUCGGACGGUCGCCUGCACGGGAGGCUCGGCCCUUCUCUCUUCGGCAACGGCGGGCACAUGCGGCUGAAGCUGUGCAAGACCCCCAAGCCGCCCCCAGAAAGCAGUCGGCCGGUGCGGUCAUCGCCGACCCCGGCCUCCCCGGUGCAGGAUGGGGGAGCGGGAAGGGAGGGGGAAGACGCGGCGGCCGCGAUCCUGUACGGGGACAGCUGCGAGAUGGUGGCCAAGAAAGUCAGACCACAUCGAGAAGGCGUAGUCCGUGCACCGGUUACCCACUUCCGUCGAAGACAUCAGAUCCAGCUGGGGGGAUACCUCAGGAGCGAUGGGAAGGGUUAUGCCUGCGCCUUCACGAUACACCACGCACCGCCUAGGGUUUCCAUGGUGUCGGUGUACUCAUUCUCCGCCGAUGGCACAGUGGCUGACACGCAUACCCACUACAAGAUUCCUUGGAACCAGGUGAAAAAAUACAGGGGAUUGUGUUGCUGUUGUUUGGUGGAUUGUUGUUGGUCGUUUUCGUGUGGUGACGGUCUUAUGGAGCCAGGUGCACUGGACGUGGGAUGA